GCAGUUUUCAUUAGAUUGCGAAGCGGUGCACUUGGUUCACUCAAGUGGAAAGGAUAAUCAGUAUAGAGUUAAUUUUCCGAACAUCUUUUGAUAAAUAUCCUAAGAUCGUAUGCGGAUACGUGAAUAAUGUCGAUCGUCAAGAAGCUAUCCUUCGAUGCUGGUUGCGAGGAGAAGGAAAAGUACACGGCUCAGAAUGGGGAUGAGUACUAUGGCCAGGUUCACACCGUCGACGUGGAUGUGGCCAGCAAGUACUCCAAGCCCAAGGAGGCCCACUGGCUAGUGCGUCGCAUCUUCUUCCUCAGCUGGAUCACCAGCUACGAUCGGGAGCAGGCCUUCGCGGAUCUGAUUGCCGGCAUCACCUUGGGUCUGACCAUCAUACCACAGAGUAUCGCCUAUGCCGCUCUGGCUGGCCUCUCCUCGGAGUACGGUCUGUACUCCGCCUUCAUUGGAUCCAUCAUCUAUGUGUUUUUCGGGACGAUACCACAGGUAUCCAUUGGACCCACCAGCCUGAUGGCCAUUCUCACACUUCAAUUCUGCGCCGAUAAGCCGGUGCAGGUGGUCAUCGUUCUGGCAUUCCUGGCCGGCUUGGUGGAACUGGCCAUGGGAGUGUUCCAGCUGGGAUUCAUCGUGAGCUUCAUUCCCGCUCCGGUGACGAAAGCAUUUACCUCAGGCACGGCGGUGAUUGUGGUCUUUGCCCAGAUCAAGAAUCUCCUGGGGGUUCGCAUGAAGGGAUUUCCCUCCAUUGGGGACUUUCUCAGCAACAUUCGUCCCACGGACGCCGCCAUGGGAGUUUCCUGUAUGGUUGUCCUGCUUUUGUUGAGGCUCCUGUCGCAAGUGAAUUUCAAGCAGGACACGGCAGUCACUCGCCGUUUGAAGAAGAUCUUGUGGUACAUCAGUAUAUCUCGCAAUGCUCUGGUCGUCUUCUUCACCGGCCUCAUAGUGUUCAUCUGGGUGAAGAAGAGCUCCAUUGAGGCGGUGCCCUUUGCCCUUUCCGCAAAGGUCUCCUCGGCCAUGCCCACGAUCAAGCUGCCGCCCUUUGCUUUUGAGUACCAGAACCGCACUUAUGUAUUCACGGAUAUCCUCCAUGAGCUGGGCAGCGGAAUUGUAGUAGUGCCCAUUGUGGCAGUCCUAGCCAAUGUGGCCAUUGCCAAGGCCUUCGUUAAGGAUGGCAACCUGGAUGCCUCGCAGGAGAUGCUGACCCUGGGCCUGUGCAAUAUAGCAGGUUCCUUCUUCAGUGCCAUGCCCACCUGCGGAGCCUUCACCCGAUCGGCGGUGAGUCAGGCCUCCGGAGUAAGGACACCCAUGGCUGGCAUCUACACGGGAUUGAUAGUGCUCUCCGCUUUGAGCAUCCUGACGCCCUACUUCCAGUACAUUCCAAAGGCCUCGCUGUCUGCUGUUUUAAUUGCAGCGGUUAUCUUUAUGAUUGAUUUGGCUCCGGUUAAGGAGCUUUGGCAGACCAAUAAGAAGGACUUCUUCAGCUGGGUGGGCAGUUUUAUCAUAUGUUUGGUGGCCGGUGUGGAGUUGGGUCUGCUUUUUGGCAUUGUGCUAAGCAUGGUGUUUAUUCUACUGCGUCUUGGCAAUCCCAAAUUCGAAGUCAACCUAAAACAGCAUGAAACCGCAUACUAUGUGCAUAUAGUGCCCCAAUCGGAUGUCUAUUAUACCGGAGUGGAUGCAUUGAGAAAUGAACUAAGAGCAGCCUGCCGACUGUAUCAGAAUGAUUUCCCAGUGGUUCUCGAUUGCACUCGCUUCAUGCAGUUCGAUGCCACGUUCAGUGAAAUGCUUAUCUCAGUGGCCAAGGAGAUGGCCAGCCACGAUGUCCUACUAAUCCUGCAGAACAUGAGCCUUAAAGUGCAGCAAAUGCUUCCGGUGAUGGGAAAUGUGCGCUUCUGCCAGGAGGACAGCCAGCUGGCGAGUCAUUUGCAGAUUGAAAAAGAAGCCCCCCUUCUAGAGGCCAAGCUGUAAUCCAUAUAUUUGAUUAUAUCAGUUUGAUCUGGUUAUGAACGACGGACGUCAGAAGAUUUAUCUCCUCACCUGUUACCGCUUGACGUUCGCACGCAAAUUGCGUAAUUAGGCAGCGGCCGCAGUUAGUUAACUACCUAGAUUUAGUUGUUUAGUUAGCGACUUGUAAAUACUUGUAUGCAUUAUUAAAAUACAGCACUCUUAUGCGAAUAUAUCAAGAUAA